AUGAUGGUCGUGAAGAGGUUCAAGCAGAUGAACAACAGUGUAGGGAGAGAUGAGUUUCAAGAGCACACGAAAAGAUUAGGGAGGUUAAGGCACCAUAAUCUGCUUCCCAUUGUGGCUUAUUACUAUAGGAAGGAGGAGAAGUUAUUGGUAUGUGAUUUUGCUGAGAGAGGAAGCUUGGCUGUUAAUCUUCACAGUAAUCAGUCGUUAGGAAAUCCAAGUUUGGACUGGCCAACAAGAUUGAAGAUCGUGAAAGGAGUUGCAAGGGGGCUGUUAUAUCUCCACCAUGAUCUACCUAGCCUAAUGGCUCCACAUGGUCAUCUCAAAUCCUCCAAUGUUCUCCUCACCAAAGCCUUUGAACCACUUCUCACAGACUAUGGCUUAAUUCCGUUGAUCAACCAAGAGAAGACACAAGUGCACAUGGCAGCCUAUAGAUCCCCUGAGUAUUUGCAACACCAACGUAUCACCAAGAAAACUGAUGUAUGGCAGCUUGGCAUACUCAUCUUGGAGAUCCUAAGCGGAAAAUUCCCAGCCAAUUUCUCGCAAGGUAGUGAAGAGGAUUUAGCGAGUUGGGUGAACUUGGGUUUCCAUGGGGAAUGGGCACCAAAUUUAUUUGAUAAGGAGAUGGGCAAGACAAGCCAUUGUGAAGGACAUAUUCUCAAACUCUUGAGGAUCAGAUUGAGCUGUUGUGAACCAGACGUGGAGACAAGGUUGGACAUAAUAGAGGCUGUGGAGAAGAUUGAGGAGUUGAGGGAGUAG